CUGUCGGCGGAGUACGAUGACGAGGGCGUCUGGGUUUAUCAGGCGUACAACGAAGGCAUCGCGGACUGGGCGGUGGAGCACGGCACCCUCGGCGGCCCGCUCUUCAAUACGACGAGGAUGACUUGGAUCAAGCCUUCGUUUGCGUGGAUGCUCUAUAGAUGUGGCUACUCGGCGAAGCACGGCCAGGAGCGCGUGCUGAAGCUCAAGCUGCCACACAGCGAGGUGGCGUCGCUGCUCGAAGCGUGCGCCUGCACGCACGGUGGCGGCGGGAGCAAGGGCCGUGUUCAGUGGGACCCGGCGCGAUGCCUUUACUCAAGCGAGGGAAAGGGCAAGUCCACGGAGCCUCGCAAGAUGCUUCGAGAGCGUGCCAUCCAGAUCGGCCUCUCGCGCGAGCUCUCCGAACGCUUCGCGCGCUCGAUCCUCGCGGUUGUCGACGUGAGUGCCCUCGCGCGUCGCGUC